UCAUUGUACUGGAUGGAUCUGUGUCACUAAUGUGUGUAAAAAAGCAGGAUUGAAACGAUUUAUUACUGCAACAGAUAUGCGACAUUAUAUAGCCACAGUGUACUCGCUGUUGGAUGUAUCCUCAGCAGACAGAGAUAUGUUCUACAAACAUCUGGGACAUUCAAGAAACAUAAAUGAAAAUGUGUAUCAAUGUCCACCUGCAGUGAAAACUAUAACUACUGUUGGAAAAUUUCUCAGUUCUUUGGAAAGCAGCAUAGGAGAACAAUUAUCAGCAGAUGAUGAAAAUCAACCUGGUCCUGCUUCAGAAUCAGGUUCCUUAAAUUUGAAGGAGUCAGAGGGAGCUAAUGGUCUUACUCAGUCUGAAGCAGUUGAAGUCUUCCUAUGUGAAAUGGCCCAAGAUGUCCCAAUUGCAGAACUCUUUGAUUUAUCGAGACAAAUUCAGGAGGAAGAAGUAACUGUUGAUCCAGAAAUGUUGAAAGAGAGUAAAGCCUUGAUUUUGAGUAAAGAUGUUCAAGAAUGUGCACAGCAGUACUUUACUGAAGAUGCAUGGCUUGUAGCAGAGUGUACCAUAAAGAUGCUUAAAGAAACUGAGAUGCCAAGGCAGUCAAAUGAAGGAACUUCCACAGGACAGACAAAAGAAUCCAAGAGGAAAUUACCUAUUGACCAUACUUUACUAAACAAGGUUCCAGGACCUAGUAGAGAGAAAAUUUCCAAAAAGUUAAAUGAUCCUGAGUUUGUUCAAAUGGAGGAUGAAUCUUCUGAUGAGUCCAGUAUAGAAAGCGAAGAUUCUGAAGAUAUAGAAUCUUUGAAGGGAGAAAAUGUUUCAAAAGCAAGAAGAAAGCAUACCUGGCUUCCACAAGAGGAUAGAGCAAUAAAAGAUUUUUUCAAAGAGGACAUCAAUGAAUUUUCCAAGUCAGGAAACCAAGGAUCACUGCAUGGAGUGACAAAGAAGAUACACACAUUCAUAUCCAAAAACCCAGAUGUUUUAAAGGAAUAUCCUGAUAAAGUAAAAGUCCACAAGAUUCGUACUAAAGUGAUUAAUCUUAGGCGACAAACUAGAAAGAAAUACGAGGCAAACAUGGUGACACUAACUCGAUAAUCAGACAGCAGAAAGUAUCCAAUUUGCUUAUA